AACAAACAAAUGUAAAAAAGAGGAAGAAACCGAUGCAAGAAUGCAUUUUGAUUUUGUUUUCUUCAGUUUUUUCUUAUUUUGUUUCCUGUAAAGGAUAGUAUUUUAAAACUAUUGCAAUUGCAUCCAGCAAUAGAAGAGUUUCAAGUUCUUCAACUUUGCUUUGUCUGAAAGGAAAGCAUAUAUGAUAUUAAUAUUCCAACUCUUAUAUCAGGAAGAGCCAAAGAAGUGUGAUUUUAACCAUAACUUCUACAGCUUCUGAUUAUUCAUUUGAAUCAGUUUUCAGCUUCCAAAACCAAGACAAAGUUUUGUAAUAGAAAUGGCAUCUGCAGAAUCAAGUCCACUGAUGUCUUUUGAUCAUGUCAAGGCUUCUGUCACUGAGUUCGCUAGAGGAUUCAACCACAGUUACUACCAACCUCUUCACUUAUCAAUACUAAAAGGCGACUGGCAAUCUACAAAGGCUUUCAUCGACAACGAUCCGACCGCAUUGACAACAAAGAUUACAAUACUUGGCAGGACUGCACUUCAUGUUGCAGCUGUAUCAGCUCAGUGGCACCUCAUUGAGAAAUUGUUGCAGCACAUGCCUCCAAAUGUGCUUGCAGAAUUGGAUUUUAUGGGUUGUACCUGCCUUCACUAUGUUGCAAUGGGCGAAAGCAUUAAUGCAGCCAAGGCAUUGAUGGCUAAAAAUCCUUCACUUACACAAGUUACUGAUUUUAAAGGAUUCACACCACUCAUCUAUAGUAUCACUUCUACUAGAUGUAAAGAGAUGGUUUGGUAUCUUGUUUUGAAUACUACAGAUGACAGACCUGGCUGUCCAUUCUCUGGUCCCUCUGCUAGUCAACUUGUUGCUUUGCUUACCGCUGCCGGAUUUCAUGAUAUCACAAUGUAUCUUGUGCAACACUACCCUAACUUGGCCACUAUUUCUGAUUCAAAUGGAAGCAUUAUACUUAAUGUUUUGUCAAAAUUGCCAUCUCACUUUCAAAGUGGACACAAGUUUGGGUUUUGGAAAAGAUUCAUUUACCACUGUGUUCCUGUAGAACAUGAAUAUUUACCACCCAAUCAUUCUAACUCUGGAAAUACAAUAUGGAAUGCACUUCAAAAUCUUGUUCCUAGCAUAAAGCUACUUAGAGAUACAAAGUUGAAACAUGUAUCUGCUGUGAGAUUGGUUGAAUUUGUUUCCUCACAAGCUUCAACCAAGAAUGACAAUCAAUUCUGGCAAUCUUUUGUGAGUGCAGACAUUAUUUUCAGUGCAACAUCAUCUGGUAUAGUUGAAAUUUUAAGGAUUUGUUUUCAGUUUUUUCCUGAUUUGGUUUGGACUCACAUGCCAAAUGAAGGGUAUGUAGCUCAAAUUGCCAUCAAGAAUAGGCAAGAAAAAGUUUUUAGUCUUCUAUGCAAGAUGCCAAUAAUUUGCAAGCUUUUAGUAUUGGCUUUAGAUGAAUCACAGAACACUACAUCACAUCUAGCAGCAAGGUUUGCUUCUCAAGUAGAGUCAAUUUCAGGUGCAUCAUUUCAAUUGCAAAGAGAGUUACAGUGGUUUAAGGAAGUAGAGAAAUUGGAUCAUCCUCUCCAUAAAGAAGUUAAAAACCAAGAUGGUAAAACAGCUUGGCAAGUGUUCAAGGAAGAGCACAAGGCAUUGCUUGAAGAAGGGAAGAAUUGGAUGAAGGAUACAUCAAACUCUUGUAUGUUAGUGGCAACUCUUAUCGCCACUAUCGCCUUUGCGGCCGCAAUAACUGUACCUGGAGGUAACAAUCAGGACAAAGGAAUUCCAAUAUUCUUGUCAGAUAACACCUUCAUGGUAUUUGCUGUGUCAGAUGCACUAGCCUUGUUUUCAUCAAUGGCUUCACUUCUGAUGUUUUUAGCGAUACUAAAUGCGCGCUUCGCCGAAGAAGAUUUUGUCAUGGAAUUACCAAAGAGAUUAAUAAUAGGUAUGGCUUGUAUGUUCUUUGGUGUAGUGAGUACAAUGGUAGCAUUUGGUGCAGCACUGUCUAUGUUGCUAAAGGAGAGACUUAAAUGGGCUCCAAUUCCCAUUGCUCUUUUGGCUUGUGUCCCUAUUGCUCUAUUUUCAAAGCUUCAACUUCCUUUGUUCAUACAAAUGAUCAUAUCAACAUAUGGAUCAAGAUUCUCACAUAUACUUUAGAAAGGCUUUUUGUUCUUGCAUUUGAAAAACAAGACAAUGUGUUGAAAAACAAAAGCCUUAUAGGUGUGUCAACGGGUGUUAACGCCAUUGUUUUUCCUCUACUGUGAUGCUUUUGCAUAUCAUUUUCACUUAAAAAAGAGUGUUAAUUCAAUUGAUACUUGACUACAUAAAACGUACAAAAUUUGACAGUGAAUAAAAAGUUCCAAUAACUUUUCAACUAUUA